AUGACCAGCCCCCUCCCUCCUCGCAGUGCAGCGCGCACAGGUGGCCUGGAAGUCAGUGGCACGCCAGCACUAACAAAAAUCCUCAAGUACUGUGAAGCACCGUACGUAACUUACCUCCGACGAUGAAAGCUUGUUUUCAAGACGUCAGAACAAUAAAAUCAUGGUUCCUGUGAUCGCCUUGCCUUGUCAGUUAUAUCGGGGAAGACGCAUUUCCGCUCCAAUCUGUAAUAUUUUCGAGCCCACAGUGCAAGAGUCAGCACGACGGUGGGAGAAAUUCACCCCUCGCGUAUAUUCCACGUACACGACAGUCGAGUACUACCAAGGAGGCUAUCCCACAAGCUGCCUGUGAACACCCGGCCGGCGGAGCGAUGGGUGAUGAGGCAUGGCAGGCGAAUGACUCGAGCACUCCUCCAGGACUGUGACUGCUGAUUAAGACAAAAAUGCGCGUUCCCGUGUAUAACUGAGAAGGUAGGGCGAUCACUGCAACCGCUAACUUCUCUGUCAUUUUUUUCGAGGGUUGUUCAACUUGCUUGCAAUCUGAAGAACCGAGUAACGUAGCACAUCUUUUAAUUUCAGCUCGGUUUGGGCCUCUUCCCAAGUAGAACGGAAUUCCUUAGGCGUUUGGCUCUUGACCAGCCGGACUUGGAGGACUAUGUAGGUGCCACUAUUAUUUACCAAUCGACUGAAGCUCAACCUUUGAUCCGAGUCUACUUGCUCGGCAUCAUGCCUAUGUUUUUUUUACCUCCCCAUGAUUUUGUCAACAUCACGAAGUGCAAGCUUCGUUCGCAAUUGGACAUUUGUGCGAAGUUAGCAGUGAACUGUUAUAGGCGUAAGCGACGCAGGGGCGACCCCUGACAUAAUGUGAACGUGUAGAUGCCGAGAUUAAUUGGCGCGACGCCAAGUACUUUAGCGAUCCUUCAUAUAGAAGAGACUGCGCUGAUUUCAACUACCGCCAAUUAUGGCGCUCACUUUGCCCUUGUUGCAAAUCUUUCUUCUUACCUGCGACUAUUUCGCCCAGUGAGAGACUACUUCUGUGGUCUAAAGUUACCCCCAUUGUUUUGCAGUGCCUACCUAAAACGAACAAAAAUGUUGUACAUGGGAAUAGAAACUGCAGUCGAUGUUACACACGUACCUUUCACUAUAAACCAGCUCGCGCUCAAGUCACCAAUACACUCAUGGAAUAGCAGUUGCUCUUAUCGUUCCUGAUGAACGAACUGCCUUAAAAUACCUAAAGCCCAUGGCAGCUGAAUUCCGGGGCACACGGUGGCGCCCGUAUUUCUUCCAGCAAUUGAUGAAUACCACCACCGCUCUACUACCAGAAUAUCGCAUUGAGCAAAAUAUCGUCUUCUGGCAAACGAGACUUUGAAAGCACGGGAUACGUUGACCUUUACGCCUUGUUCUUUAAGGGCCUUUGACCUCAAAAACCUCUGUUACAGUCCUCCUGUUGGAACGUGGUGAGAUUGGGAGGAGAAAAGUCGAGACUGCGUGAUUGUUCCUUACAUAAUGCUGGUCACACACACAUGCCAGUUCGACCAUCGCAAACGACGACAUCCACCGCCUACCCCAUUGGUGACUUGUGCGUGGAUUAGUUUCUAGUGCGGCAGGCCUACGCAGCACCGACAGCACUCCUUUCCUCUCCUAGCAAAUAUCAUCGCUAAUCUGGGAUGGACGGGGUAAUCGCCAAAGCCCUAUGGCUGGCUCAUAGUUUGUGUUUAAUCGUUUGGACGCAUCAAUACAGCGUGGCCAUGCGCCGCGGUUUCGCCAUCAAGGCAAGCCUACCUUCGUCCCCGAAGACAAACAAACCGGAGUUAAUUUGCUCCCAAGUAAGGCGGAUAUUCUUGAUAUCUGUGCUGUACAAUAUUAGCAAUUUUGGCGUCAGCUGUGAUAGAAAAGAUGAACGAUCUCUCAGACUAAGUCCUAACCCUCCCCAUCAUCAGUCACAGAUAUUUUUCAUGUGCUAGUACGCUGGUGGGUGCAGAGUUUUAGGGCAGACUGUGUGUGUGUGACAUGCGUUAACCAACGACAAGGCCUUCUCCCGUGGUUGGGCAAUGUCAAGACGACCGGAGGCGGGCGCAGACACAGGCGAACAGCGUGUCUGUGCGUGCAACUCGCGGCCUGGUCCUCGUCACAUGCUCCAGGCCUCUGUUAGAGGGCUCGGAUCUAACAUGUAUGAGGGCCAUUAGGGCCACAUUGAGAGGGAGCCAUUGCGGCCGGACUCUGUCCUGGCAGCCUUCAUAACCAUUCAAUUGCGUCAGAAUUAUUAGAGGGAUAAGUUCGCUGAUUUACCGGGGUAAUGGAACCCCCAGUGUCGACGUCUUUUUUUCCCUCCACAAUUCAGCAGUCGGCUCUCCGAUUUGGUCAGACACACACGCAAGUCGUCUCUGUUUCAUAAGUAAUCGUGGCCUUUCGUUUCCCGCUCAUCACACUCGUCUAGACCCAGUUAGGUCUAAUACAACAGGACUGCUCGUCUUGAGGAAGGGAGGGAGGAGAGAAGGGUCCAAAGCACCAGCUUUGCUUAUUUUUUUGAGACUCUGGAACACGAUCUUCGCCAGCAACUUUCUUCCUGCCUUGACUUUCUAUGCAUUUCCGACUCACCUUUACAGUCAGUUUCAUUUUCCCCUCUGCCUCCAGGUUAUGGAGAGACUCAGUUCAUUUGUAAAGGAUUACCGGCGAAAACUGGUCCCUUUGUGCAAUAUUCUCGUCGAGUACGGUCUAGAGGACGCUCGUGCCUCUAACUCCCCUGAGGAGGUGACCUCAAGGACGGAGGAAGAAGAGGCUGUUGUUGUUAGGUGAUCAAACCCCUCCGUUCUGAGAAAGAAACUCUUAUUGCAGCUUUCCUGGUUUCCUGCAGCUUGAUUCGUCAAAUAUUCGGCCGCGUCCUGCGUCUUUCGAUCUGUGUUUCUUCCGUUGUAUCUGA